GCCAUCAUGAAAACAUUCGGCCGUCGUCGUCGUUGUCGUUAUCAUCGUUGUUCCUCCUCCGUCCUUGUGGGCUCUUCGGGAUUCAACUAAAUAUCGAACGGCUUUUGGACACGACGACGGCGGCUUCGUGAUACGUGACUUUAAGUAAUUUUAAUAAGUCAAAUAAAUAAUAAUAAAAUUAGUUUUACUGUGGCCACGUUCAAUUGUGUGUAUGAAGGUGAAGUAAGGCAAGUGAGUUGGAGACGUAAAGAUUUGCCGCGGGGAAAUCCUCGUUUUGUUAAGCCAAUACAAUUACACUAAAGUGUGAGUAAGAAAGAGUGAUACGUAAGAAAGAAAGAAAGAAAGAUCGAGAGAGUAUGAGACUAUACUAACUAUACGACAAGUAAGCUUUAGUAAAUGGUGUGCGUGUAUGUUCUUCCGCGAUACAGACACGGAGUCCACUUAAAUGCCUCAAAGACACUCUUACUCCAUGUUGUGCAUUGGUUGCAACACGAUUGCGUGCUGGAAAGUAAACGUGUGGUAACCGCCAAUUGUGGAUUAAUUGGCAACCAGAUUUUGCGAAAUUUCAGCGAAUAAAACUGAUUUACUGCAACAAUUUUCUGUUAAACGUGUUAGUGAAUCAAUAAAUAAACUAAAUUUAUAAAAAUAAAAAAUUUAUAAUUAAACAAAAUUUUCACCAAGAAAGAAAGUUUAAAACUAAAAACAAAAAUGGAGCGUGAGUCAAAUCCAAUGCAAGCUCUGUGUCGUAGUGGUUGUGGAUUCUAUGGCUCUCCUGCUACCGAUGGCCUUUGCUCUCUUUGUUUUAAAGAAAACCUUAAGAAGAAACAACAACCUCCAGUAUCUGCAGCUACUGUAUCAGCUUCACAAACCGUUUCUGGUAACGCUGGUACGUUGCAAAGCGGUUUCAGCAGUCCUGCGUCCACAGGAACAACUGCCCAGCCUACCAUUCCUACAAUUCCACAAACUACAACAGAUUUAUCUAGUUCCAAAGAGGUUAACAGGGACGAACAGGAAGCUGAAGUAGGCGCUAGCAGUGGGGCGGCUGAAGGAUCGGUAAGCAGUGUUGAUACGGAUGACUGCUUUGAUGGGAAAGAGACUGACAAAGAAUUCAAAAAGAAGAAAAAUCGUUGUGUUAUUUGUCGCAAGAAAGUCGGAUUAACUGGAUUCGAAUGUCGUUGUGGCGGACUCUUCUGCUCUGUGCAUCGAUACAGUGACAAGCACGAUUGCAAGUUUGACUACAGAGAAAUGGGCGCUCGAGAAAUUCGACGUAAUAAUCCAGUUGUUGUUGGUGAAAAAGUGCAAAAAAUUUGAACUAUUUAGUGCGUAGUCGUUGGGAAAAUGGUUAUAACUAUAUAAACAAAACAAAAACAAAAUAUUAAAAAAACAUGAAAAAACGAGAUAAAUUAUCUGGCAGCUGAUUGCACAUCGGGAAAUUGAAGAAUAUAAGUAAAAUGAAAAAGAAUGAUUGUAAUACAUGAGAAAUUGAUUGUAUGAUGAGUGAAUGAUGUCCAACAAUAAUGAUUGAAAAAAUAUAUAAUCUGCGAAUUUGGACAAGAAUAGAGAUACAAAAUAAUAAAAAUCUAUAUAAAUAAAUGAAUGAAUGAAUAAAUGUUAUAAAAAUAUGAUGGGUGUCAGUGCCAUGUCAGAUUAUCAUCUAGUGCGUUCCAAUUACAAAAUGAAAAAA